AUGAUAGGCGUCAUGACUAUGAUGAUCGUGUUAUGUACAGCCUUCACCUUGGCAAGAAUGUGCACCAGAUACUUUAUAAACCAGCAUCUCUGGUGGGAUGACUGGGCAAUGUUCUUUGCUUGGAUGGGUACUAUCUGCCUUUGCGCAUUACAGCUUCUAAUGAUGAAACAUGGAGGCGGAGUGAAUAUAUGGGAUGUUCCAAACGAUGAACUGAAGAGAUUCCUCGAACUUUUCCUGGAUGUUCAAAUGGUUGCGCGGGUCUCCAUCUUCUUCGCCCGAUUGUCUAUCCUGCUCCUUUAUAUCCGAAUAUUCUUCCCGAUAGGAGCCGGAAGGUCAGCGUUCUGGUGGGUCAUACAGAUUGUCAUAUGGCUCAAUCUCCUUUAUACGAUUGCUCUUAUUCUUGUGACCACGCUACAAUGCGUUCCUUACCACCUAUCAUGGGGUCAUAGUUGCGUCAACCAGUGGCUGGUAUUGGUAAUGGCUUCGACGAUCAACAUUAUCACAGAUAUUGCGGUGCUUAUAAUUCCUAUCGCUUCCAUAUCGAAGCUGCAUACGGCAAGAAAGAGGAAAUGGGCUAUCUGGGCCUUAUUCGCCUUUGGCGCGUUAGCACCACUAGUUAGUAUUGCGCGACUCGCUUACCAGAUACCCGAGGGAAAUGGUGAGAAUAGGACGGUCAUAUAUCCGAUUGUAUUAAUCAUGGCGACUGCAGAGCAAGCCGUCGCUAUGAUCGUUGGGUCGGCGCCGGUGGCGAGUACUUCGGUUGUAAGAUUAUUAUGGCGGAGAAAGCCUAUCCCCGCUCAUAACAGAGGCAUUUCGCAACGUAUUUGGCCGGGCAGAGAGAGGACAGACCAACUAGAGAGGAAAAGCCCGAGAGGCGUCCCAGAUCCUUUUCAUAUCACGGUUGCCACGUGGGAAAACAGUACCGACGUCCUAUAUUCGGGGAACACAACCAGACAGAGGGAUGGCAACAGCGAAUCCAUAGAAAUGGAGCCUAGAACACCUCCUGACAUCAAAAGGGCAACACCCCGAAGAGUGUCACUGGAAGCUGUGGUCUAG